CUUUUGAUAUAAGCACAAAGCAAUAUUUGGUAGCAUUAUGUCAUCUGUCUCAUCAGACACUGAUGCUGAAUACCAGACCUACUCAGAAAGGACAUUAGCUAUUAUAAAGCCAGAAGCUUAUGAAAACGCGGAGGAUAUUGAAAACCAAAUCUGUGAUAAUGGAUUCAUGAUUUUAGCUAGACGCGAAGUACGUCUCACUCCAGAGCAAGCCGCAGAAUUGUAUAAAGGCCACUACGGCAGACAUCACUUCCCGCACCUCGUCGCUCACAUAUCCAGUGGACCAAUCAUCGCUCUCGUACUUGCCGCUAAAAAUUGUAUACAAAAAUGGCGAACUUUGAUGGGACCCGCUAGAGUGGUGGAAGCCCAAGCAUACUGGCCAGACAGUUUACGCGCGUGCUACGGACGGCGCACCAAGUAUGGAGACUACUUCAACGCGCUGCACGGUAGCGAGAACCAUGCAGAGGCUUUACGUGAAAUACACUUUUUCUUUCCUAAUAUGAUCGUUGGACCGAUACUUCGUCGAUGGCAAAUCAGCGAUUACAUUCAGAAGAACUUAUCGCCGACCCUCACUCCCGCACUCACUGCACUCGCACAAGAGCGACCGGCCGAGCCCUUGCUGUGGCUAGCUGAUUAUUUGAAUCACCAUAACCCUAACCAACCCGAGUGGACUCCGCAACCGAGAGAACAAAGGGACGAAGAAAAAUGUCAUACGCCAUUAAACUCGCAGGAUUUAGAUCAACUAGUGAAAUAAAUUUGUUCUGAAUGGGUAUAACUACUAUCUAAUACGCAGUUGUGCGUCAUAUUGUUGAUAAA